GGGAGCUGAACCCUCCUUCUUCUUUAUACCAAUCCGCGACAUCACCAAGAUCAAGGCUACGUCAACGGUUACCCUGUUGCUUAGACAUUCACUAUGCAUUCCGCUGCUAUCCUCCUCAAGGAGGGCGGUCCAUUGGUGGUCGACGAACGCGUCACCCCUGAGCCCGGACCUGCCGAGGUUCUCAUCGAAGUCAAGACCGUCGCUCUGAACCCAAUGGACUACCUCCAGCGCGAUACCAACUUCCCUCCAGUGCCCGCCUACCCUGCCGUUAUCGGAUGCGACGCGGCCGGUAUCGUCGCCAAAGUGGGUUCCGAUGUCUCUACGGUUACUCCUGGCACCCGUGUCCUCGCCUUCGUUUCCUCCUUUUACCAGAACGGCUCGCCCGAUUACGGCGCCUUCCAGAAAUAUGCCGUGGUCCCGUUCGAGACCGUCAUCCCGCUCCCGGAUGCCCUCUCCUUCGAGGAAGGCGCUGUUCUCCCCAUCGCCGCCGUGACGGCUUUGACCGCGUGGACGACCAUCGGCAUCCCGAUCGACACCAGGUACACUCCGGAGGAUAAGCAGGGCGUGUUGAUCUGGGGCGGUGCCGGCAGCAUCGGAAGCUUCUCCAUCCAAACCGCCCGGAUCCUAGGCUUCACCGUCUACACCACCGCCAGCCCCAAGCACCACGCCUACCUCAAGGGGCUCGGCGCCGACGCCGUCUUUGACUACAAGGACAGCGACGUUGUCGCGCAGAUCAUCACCGCCGCCAAGAAGGACGGCGUCAAGCUGCACACGGCCCACUGCGCCGUCCCCGACAGUUUGCAGCCCACAUUGGACGUGCUCAGAGAGACAAAGGGGGACGCCCCCGCCAGGGUCGCCCAUUCGCCGGUCCUGCUCCCGGACCACCCGACGCUCGACAAUACCGAGAUCAAGUUCAACUUCCCUUCAAUAGAUAAGGCGGAGAGGGACAAGCACAUGUACCAGUGCUUCCAUGAGUGGUUGCAGGACAAUCUCAAGUCGGGUUCUGUUGUCCCAAGCCCCCAUAUUCAGAUUGAGGGAGGCGGUCUCGAUGGUUUGAACGCAGCCUUGGACAAGCUUAAAGCCGGUGUCAGCGGGGUCAAGAUUGUUGUGCCAAUCUAAUGGCUGGUAGUCUCGGUCUCCCGGCUGCCAAGUCAUUGGGAGGCAGAAGUCAAAACAGGAGGGCGGAGGGAACGCGUCCGGUGAGGUGACUUCGGCCAACCACAGCCGGGGAUUUUCAGAGAGAACCAGCGUCGUGUCUAUGAGCAAGCAUCGAGAUAGCUGAGGAAGAAUGCGAGGCCCGCGCGGCUAGAAAUAUACCAGGUAGGG